AUGAGGGACAUCACUGCUCAUUUGAAGAAACUCGACGUUAUCAUUCCUGAUACCUUCCUGGUUCAUUACAUCCUUCACAAUCUUCCUCCACAAUAUGGGCCUUUCAAAAUUUCCUACAACACACAUAAAGAAAAAUGGACUAUCAAUGAAUUGAUGACCAUGUGUGUUCAAGAGGAAGCCAGGCUCCUACAGGAGCAAGGAGAAAGUGUUCACCUGACCACUCAACCUAAGAAACGUAAGCCAUUCAAGAAGAACAAAGGGAAAAAGCCCAUGGCUCCCAAGGCUGCCAUAAAGAAAGAUUCCAUCAAAUGUUUCUUUUGUAAACAAAAGGGACAUGCUAAAAGGGAGUGCAGCCAGUUCAAGAAAUGGAUGGAUGACAAAGGAUAUUCAAAAUCUAAGGAAGCCAGUGGCAAGUGAGCAAAGCAUCUUAUCUGGAAACAAGAUGGGCUCACAUGUGGAAGCUAUUGGAACAUGCAAUUUAGUUUUAAGUAAUGGUUUUGUUUUAAAGUUAGAAAAGACCUUUUAUGUACCAAGUUUCUCUAGAAACUUGAUUUCAGUUUCAAGACUUAUACCCUUUGGUUUUUCCUUUACAUUUUCAGACAAAUAUUUCAAUUUAUAUUAUAAAUCUGAAUGUGUUGGAAAUGGUAUUUUGUC